AUGAGGAGAAGCAGAAUGAGACUGAGAACGAUCACGAGAACGGCGAGGAUGACCUGGGCGCCACGUUGCCAACACGGGAGGGGAUGCCCCCCGUUGGCUCCCAUGAGGGCCGUGGCCUACGGGGCAUUGCCCUGCGCCAUGCCUCAUGCGCAGCACUAUGCGCCCGAGAUGAUGUCCUGCAAUCUCGUGGGAUUGCCCUCGGAGGACAUGAUGCAAGAAGGCUAUGAAGCUCAAUGGGGACCUUCCGGUCGAAACGACUUGGGGUUGAUGAAGGCGCUGGGCGCCAAUGCCGUGCGGCUCUACCACUCCUUAGGACUCGAUGGCAAGGGCUCUCACCAGGGCUUCUUGAAUCGAGCGCAGAAGCUCAAGCUCAACGUGAUGCCAGGUUUCCAUAGCACGGAGCCGGCCAUGUGCGACCACUUCGAUUGCCACGACGCGUGGAAAGCCGCGACGCUCAAAGGCUUCAAACAAGGCUUUUUGGUCGACAACCGCUGGCAUCCGGCCAUCAGCACCGUCAUUCUCAUGAACGAGCCGGACUUCUAUGACAACGACGCCCUGUGCACCGACCGAGGCGCCUGGUGCCGCGUGAAGGCAGUGUUAAGCGCCAUGGACGGUCUUCUGCAAGCAGAAGAAGAGGCGCAAGUGCUACCCAGUGACGUGAAGCUCACGGUGACCUGGUCCUUCGCCAUGAGGACCUCCAUCGAUGGGAAGGUCCAGGGUCCAGGCACCUUUGGCUUCCAGGAUAUGGUGGCAGUCAUGGAGGACCCCUCCUUGGUGAAGUACACUCCAAGGACUCCCAUGAAGAAGCUCAGAGAGGCGUUUCAUUCCAGGUGGAUUCAUGGCUUGAACACCCAAGCACCCUGGAAUUUCGUGAGUGACUUUGUCACCAAUCACUACAAGCUCUAUGACAACUUCGGAGGUUUGCCGUGGUUCAUCGGUGAGUACGGCGCCAAUGGGCAGGCGGAGUCUCUGAUCAUCUCUGACUUGGAGUCCAUGGACCAGAAGGCCGCCUCGGAUGAGAGACUUCGGCGAGGAUCGCUUGGCGAAGACCACAUUUCCAGACCUCAAAGCAUCACUGAAUUGAGCAAAGGCGGCUCCGAGCUGAACUUCGGGUUGUUCAGCAUCGGAGACAGGAAGAUCGGCGAGACAGGCGAGGUGUGUGACAAGAACAGCCAUUGCAGGACAUGGCCAGUGUUCUGUUUGGGCACCAAGCUGCCUUGGUUCGAGAACCAGCCAGCUUUGGGGAAGCGGGCUCAGGCCCUGGCCACAGCCUGGGGAGGCAUCGCCGAGAACUCCUGCUGAGCAAGAUCGAGUGGUGCCAGACGAUAGUUAUACCGAUAUACUGUAGUAUACGUUAACGAAAUGUGUGUACGGAGUUUUGUCUAGAUCCACUGGGCUACGAUAGAUUAGAGCAAUUCGAUUUUUGUUGUUGGAAGACGCUGGACUUUUGACGGCGCCAAUAUUGCACGACCCGUUUGAUUAUUUGCAGAAUGGAGUAAAGCCCCUAAAAAGGACGCAUCAGUGUGGCAGAUGAAG